AUGCCUCACCUCUUGUCCAUAGCAGCUGCGGCUGCCACCCUGCCUACUGCCUUGGCGGCAACUCUGGAUCUGCCCAUCCAUUUUUUCAAUACCUAUGCAAAUGUGGAGGUAGAGAUCGGCACGCCCGCCCAAUCGUACAUGCUCCAUUUCGAUACGGGAUCGUCGACCACAUGGGUGAACGACAAGAACUGCGGCGAUGCUUGUUCAAACACCUCUGGACGCGAACGCGCAUACUAUGAUAUCUCGGCCUCAUCCACUGGCCAUUCUCGGGGCGCCCGCGCCAGCAUGGACUACUUCGGGGGAGUGACAGCAGGCCCAACCUACGAUGAUAAAUUCGCCGUUCCUGACGGCAAUUUUGAAUGGACCCAGUCUUUUCUGUCCGCCGACCAGAGCUCCUGGAACAACUUGGGCUCGGAUGGAUUCAUGGGCUUGGCCUUCAACUCAAUCUCGGACGGCAACACCACUACCGUCGUGGAGACCCUGAUGCAGCAGGGCAACCUGGACGAGAGCCGUUUUGGCAUCUACUACGGCAAGGAGUUUAACACCACCGGCUCUAACCUCGAUGGUGUCCUCACCAUUGGCGGCUCGCGCGAGGAGAAGUAUGUUGACGGAGAGAUCACCUAUGUGCCUCUCCGCUAUGAAACUCCCUACCAGGUCUGGCGCACAGUGCUGAGCUCCAUUACUGGUACUACCGAGAAGGGAGGAAAGAAGCAAUCUGCCAGCAACAGCCUCGGCAUGUACGGCAACGCAGUCUUUGACACCGGUGCCGGAUCAAUCUCUGUGCCCAACAGCAUUGUCGAUGAGAUCUACGCGUCCAUCGGCUGGGACUAUGAGGCAAUUCUCCACGGCAAGCAUAUGCCACUGUGCUCGGAGUUCAACUCGAGUUGGUCUUUCACAUUCAACUUCGGCGAAGGUGCACUUGACCCCAACUUGACGAUGACCGGUGACCAGUUUGCUCGCCCUGGAUUCGCUUACAGAGAUGAUGCUUGUUACCCUCCUUUCGAAGGCAGUGAUAAUGAGGGCAUGGCGCUUAUUGGAACCCCGCUGAUGCAGCGGUUCUAUACUGUCUUUGACUUUGGAGGAGACCAUGCUGAUGAUUUCCAUCCCAGAAUUGGAUUUGGUCAGCUGAAGGAGGAUGUGAAGCCUUAG